GUCGCUGUUGCUGCUCUCGUGCAGUCGUGCAGAAAUCGAGACCAAAAUAGUUGGCAAACACACAAAUAUAAUUACUAACAUAUCAAAAUAGAAAUGCGCUGUACACUCUUUGCGGUUUAUGUCCUGCUAGGACUUUGCUUAACAAAUGCUCUAGAUUCGCGCGCAUUUAAAUACUGUGAUGACACGAACAAAAGCUGCGUGACACGAAAAUACGGCUCAACGAUUCCCAUGCGCAUUUAUGAAUGUCUCAGUGAGUUCAGCAUGCUGCGCUGCACGAAACUCUUUGUGCUGCAAAAAUUGGAGGAACGCAAACAGUUGCCGCAGUCAGGAAAUCUGACAAAGGACUUUAUGGAUCAGUUCUUUGGCGAGGAAACGCAGCUUGGCAGCUUGAUAGGCGAGAAAUAUCGACAGAUGUCUGAGAAGGAGUUGAAUCAGCGACUGGUGAAGAAUUUCCAACGCUUCUUCAAGCAUCGCGACAUUAAGCUACACUUCUUGCCCGGCAUGCUGGUAAAAAUUGUACCCAGCAAGGAGAACAAGCUGAAGUUUACGCUAAAGAAAGCUAUGAAAUCUCGAAUGGGACGUGCUCGACGACGAGAUACGGAAGAGAUGCAACUGACUCUAAUGAAUCUUCCGUCCAUGUCGGGAGCACCCAGCGGCACCGGCACCAGCGCCAGCGUUGAGAACUACGAACCGGAAGCGGAGGGCGACUCCAAGCAACAAGGCUUGGGAGCUGUGCAUGGCGGAGACAGUGCUGGAGGCGGUGGAAUGCUCAACAAGCGCAAGAAGAAGCAAUCGUAUAAGAUGACAAUGCUUCAAGUGGCAGUGCCCAUUUUAGUGCUGCCCAUUAUUCUGCUCGGCAGUCUGCUGCCCUUCAUUCUGCCCACGCUGAAGAUGGCCACCAUUUUGUCGCUGUUCAUGAACAAUGGCGCCUUUCUGGCCGCCAUGCUCUACGCCUAUGCUUCCGCCUCCGCCACCGCUGCCAAUCAGCCACAACACAUUAGCUAUGGGUAUGGGUCCGAUGGUUUUCAUUAAUGAUUUCCUCAACCUGUGUACAUCUCCAAUACUUCCCUAAAUAAAGACUGUCUCUUACUUCAAACCAUUUGUUUACCAAUUAGUGUCAGCAUAGAAACCCAUAAAAGAAUUAUAAAUUUAAAUUUUAAUGUUCAGUAUGGCGGAAUUUAAAAAAUGAGCAACGACUAAAUUGACAUCGACCUUUUAUUCGAUCUCUCGAUCUGUUAUAUUAUAAUUGCUAAUCAAAAGUUUCAGUUUCGCAAACCAUUCUGACUCUAGUUCAACAGAAUUUCAAUUGAGAAAUAUGCUCGAAAAUUUGCAAGUCUAAAUUACAGAAUUUACAUUAUUAAUUCCGAAAUGGUUUUUGUUAAAUCAUUUAAAAAUAGAACAAUUAGCAUUUUACAUAAAGAAAAAAGCCCUUUAAAUAUAUAGAAAAUAAAUCGUAUUUGAAAUUCAAAAGGCAUGUAAAUAAUUAUGCGUCAACUCUAAAAAUAAAAGAAGUCGAAAAAUCGAAUAGAGCAUAAGCACGAUUCUUUAGUUGACAUUUCUCAAGCAAAGCUUAUUAAGUGAGCUAUUUUUCUUUGUGUUUCCUUUUCGACCGUGUGACUCUGAAGCAAUAUUUUUUUUGCGAUAACUAGUUUCAAAUAAGAUGCGGUGGCACGCUUUGUCGGUACUUCCCAAACGUGAGGCUUAAGAAGCGACAAAUUGAGCUAUUGAAGCAAGUAAGACUCGUAUUGAGAAAAUUAUAUGCGACACUUGGCUGAUUAAUGAUUAGAACAUAUUUUAAAAUGUAUUAGCGAGGGCAUUGAUAAGUGGAAUAUUGAAAACUUUCCAUUCUUGACCGCUGCAAUCGAAUAAAUAAACUCGUGAAUAUUUUGCAUUGAUUAGGAAACAUUUUAUUCCAUUUUUGCGCAUCCGCCUAAAUCCCGUAACAAAACAUAAUGCAUAUGUAUAUUUUUUGGAAUUUUAGCGAGUUUUUUUCUGAUUUUGUUGUUUAUACAAUUUUGUGAUUAUAGAUACAGUAGACUUAUAGCUGAAUAUCCUACACACCUAAUAACUAACAAUAAACAAUUUACACAAUUUUAAGCUU